UGAACUCGUCUGAUAUCGAAACCUGCUUUGGGUCGCUCUUUCUUUCGCAGUAGUCGGGGCCUACAUCGACCGUGACAAAAGUCGUGGUCAGGGACAGCUGAUGCCAUCGACGACGAGACGGAGGAAACCCCCGCGACUUCAUCGAUGCCUAUAUGGAUUGGAAGUAAGAAGGACGGAUUCUUCGCAGGAUCAGCUCGACGUCUAGCCUUGAAUACUUGCCAUUAGCAGCCACCUGGACUGCCUCUCAAAGAGCGUCACGUGGACUCAAAUCUCACAAAGGGGAAGCCACCCAGGAACAAGACAGUAAUCAUGGCUGGUCGAUCGCGACGCCUGGUUUCUGGGUCACACAUAGCGUUGAACCGGAAAGGGUGUUCAUCGCAGAAGCGCGGAGCAUCCCCCACGAGUAGACCCAGCGAUAUCGUCAAGCGACCAAGGGCAGCGGCAACUCCGAAGAAAAGCCAAUACUUUGAUGCCAAAGCGACAGACGCCGCCGAUUCCGAUGCGGAAGAUGACCCCAGCUCGCCAUCCUCCAACGAUGACGAAGCAUCUGAUUUCGAUGCCGACGAUGCGGUAGAGUCAUCCGCCGAACCCAGCGAAGACGAUGAGGAAAGCGACUACAGCACCGAGGCGCCUAAGGGUCGUAAGAAGCCGACGCCCAGCAAGGCUGGACCUUCUUCGUCCCCCUCAGCCGCCGUGCAGAAUGGAGAGAAGUGGAGGCCGGGUGUCAAGGCUGGACUCGGACCUGGCAAACAGCUGGUGAUCAAGAAACCGCAAGCUCGCCCAGCUGGAAAGACACCUUACCAGCCGGAGACUCUUCAUCCCAACACCCUCCUAUUUCUGGGCGAGCUCAAGGCGAAUAAUGAUCGACAGUGGCUCAAGAUGCACGAUGCAGUGUUCCGUCAAGCAGAGCAAGACUGGUAUAGCUACGUCGAUAAAUUGACGGAGAAACUAAUCGAAAUCGACGACACCGUCCCAGAGCUACCGGUGAAAGAUGUGAUCUUCCGCAUCUACAGAGACAUUCGAUUCUCCCCAGACCCAACGCCGUACAAAGCACACUUCUCCGCUGCCUGGUCACGUACGGGACGAAAGGGCGGAUACGCCCACUACUACGUCCAAAUCAGUCCACACGGGCAGAGCUUCGUUGGAGGCGGGCUCUGGCAUCCCGACGCUGCACCGACGGCCGCCAUGCGGCGCGACAUCGACCGACGACCGCAGAGGAUCAAGAGCGUACUGAUGGACAAUACAUUGCGAGAGGAGUUCCUGGAGGGCGCGCCGAAGAAUGAGAAGAAGGCUGUUCGUGCUUUCGUGUCGAGGAAUUCGGAGAAUGCAUUGAAGACGAAACCCAAGGGCUACGACGCCGAUCACGCCGACAUCGAGCUUCUUCGUUUGCGGAACUACACGAUCGGCCGCAAACUGACCGAGGCCGAGGUGACGGGCCCCGACAGCUUACAGCGCAUUGGAGACUUACUCACCGCCAUGAAACCGUUUAUUACGUACAUCAACUCGGUCGUCAUGCCGGAUGAAGAGUCGGAAGGUAGCGAAGAAGGAUCGGAGGAGGAGGACGACGGCUCGGAGGAGGACGAGAACAGCUAGACGUGUCACAUCACCCAAUGUUUUGCAGUCGUGAUCACUACACCAAUCCAGAUGUUCUGAUAUCUCGCGACGAUCUGCCACGCGUCUCCAACGCUGGAAUUCACAGCCGUAGCCAUAGCCGCGGGCACCGGUUUCCCCACGGCUUCGACACACGACCCAACUGCCGGAUUUCGGUGUUCUCAACGAGCGAUCGACACCACUAUCACACAAGGUUGUGUAUCUCCUUUGACGAGGGGGGCGGCGAGGAAAAAAGAGGGAAAUAUUAGCAGAGCUGAGGAGGAAAGAUCGACAAAGGCGUCGGUAGCUUUCCACACCACUGUCUCGGAGGGGCGAAGAUCACGCACAACAGCGCCGCAUUCGCACUCUCUGCCGUUUACCUUUUGUCUGAUUCAUGUUUUUG